GAUGAAUAUCUGCGCGAAGGAACGCUUCGGAAAGGGUGAAACCACACGACGGCAACGACGGUGGCGAGACCGGAGUGAAGUGUAAAGGAAGAGCUGCAGCAGCGAUAUCUCCCUUUCGGGCGAACGAAAAUAGCAAAAAAAAAACCUAUCGCGUUUAGUUUUGGAACAAAAAAGGGUCGAAUCUUGCUACGUGCCAGCAUCGCGGCCGAUUGUGUCGGGGCUUUGCUUUGCUGCCUUUUGGUCAACUUCCCGGAGGAAAAACGGCGAUCGAAACGUACCAUCAGCCCGUGCGGAUUGAAUGGAUUUUAGAAAAUCGUGAGUGAGUGUGUGAAGAAAGUCAUCCUCGGUCAAAGGAAUUGUGUAUUUUACGGUGAAAAUUUUACGUUUGAGCUUUUUGUUCGACUCGAGAAAAAAGUAGGAGCGGAAGGUGUGACGGAAAAAACGGGGCGAAGGCAACGACAACUUCGCGGAGGAACGGAGAAAAAGUGGAGCUGACUACUUAACAAUCGGGAAGGCUGCUGCCAGAAAGAAGAAAACAGCUCUUGAAAUCGCGAGAGGCUUUUUUUCGUUUUUUUUUUCUUUCCUCCGCUGGGUGAAAUAAAUUGAAACUGCAGAUUUCUCAACGACAGCGGCGGCGGCGGUGGUGGUUUCCGGCAGUGUCCGGAAGUGUGUAUGUGUGUUCCUUUUUAGUGUUUUGUUAUCCGAGGAAAUAGUUUGAAAAUAGGUGAAGCUUGAAGGUUUUGCUUCGACAUCAUUCCACGCACGUGAAACGCGGAGUGUAGGUGAUAAGUUAUAGUUACGCAAAAAAGUAGUAAAUAAGUGUAAAACCCAGAAUCAUAGAAGAAAGAAGAGAGGGAAUAGUGUGAGUGUCAACAAAAAAAAAAGAAGCAGUGCAAAGUUGGAGAUUCCACGCUAAGUGAUAAUUGAAGAAAUAACAAGCAUCGACAAAAUAUAAAAAGCAUCACAAAGAAGAUAAACGACGAGUCGAGUGAAGCGCCGCUCGUCACAUCUUUGUUUCAAACAGAAAAGCAGCCGCCAACAACAGCACAGCAGCAGUGUAGGAAAACCACACGCGUUCGCUGUGUGUGCGUGUGCGUGUGUGUGGUUUUGUGUCCGCGUGUGCGUGCGUGAAUGUGUGUGAGUGGCCCAAAACGGAAACAAUCAUAGUCAGCGCCCCAAAGUGUGGCACCACGUCAACAAAGGAGGAGAACAAGAGAACCAAUUGUAUAUUUAUCCAUUUGAAAAAAAACAACAACAAAAAAACAAAAAUAGCAACAAUAUAGAGUAACUAUACUUAUCCCGCAUCUCUCCACCCGGCACAUACUCACCCAUUUUGUACACGUUUGUAAAAGUAGUAGCAGCAGCAGCUGAAAAGUGUAACAAUGUCGUCCGGAACAUUCGUCGAUCGAAUCGAUCCGUUCGCCAAACGUUCGCUCAAAAAGAAGGGUAAAAAAUCUCAGGGCUCAUCGCGGUACAGGAGUUCGCAGGAUGUGGAAUUGCAGCAGUUGCCGUCGCUGAAAGUGGACUGUUCCAGCUUAGAACAAGAGGAGCUAUUCAUCCGGAAGCUGCGGCAAUGCUGCGUCUCGUUCGACUUCAUGGACCCACUGUCGGAUCUCAAGGGCAAGGAAAUCAAGCGGGCGGCGUUGAACGACCUGUCGGCUUACAUCACACACGGACGCGGUGUGCUGACGGAGAACGUCUAUCCAGAGAUUAUCAAAAUGAUAUCUGUAAACCUAUUUCGAACGCUCCCGCCUAGUGAAAACCCGGACUUCGACCCGGAGGAGGACGAUCCCACGCUCGAGGCCUCCUGGCCACAUCUGCAGCUAGUGUACGAAGUGUUCCUGCGCUUCCUGGAAUCGACCGAUUUCCAGGCGACGUUCGGCAAGAAGGUGAUCGACCAGAAGUUUGUGUUGCAGCUGCUGGAGCUGUUCGAUUCCGAGGAUCCGAGGGAACGUGAUUUUUUGAAAACCGUAUUGCAUCGUAUAUAUGGCAAAUUUCUAGGAUUACGUGCUUUUAUUCGUAAGCAAAUAAAUAACAUAUUUCUACGUUUUAUAUACGAAACGGAACAUUUCAACGGAGUCGGUGAGCUGUUGGAGAUUUUGGGAAGUAUAAUAAACGGCUUCGCCCUGCCGCUGAAGGCGGAACACAAGCAGUUUCUGGUGAAGGUGCUAUUGCCGCUGCACAAGGUGAAGGUGUUAUCGCUGUACCACGCCCAGCUCGCGUACUGCGUGGUGCAGUUCCUGGAGAAGGACGCCUCGCUGACGGAACCGGUGGUGCGCGGGCUGCUGAAGUUCUGGCCAAAGACCUGCUCCCAGAAGGAGGUGAUGUUCCUCGGCGAGAUCGAGGAAAUCCUGGACGUGAUCGAGCCGCCCCAGUUCGUCAAGAUUCAGGAGCCGCUGUUCCGACAGAUCGCCAAGUGUGUUUCGAGUCCCCAUUUCCAGGUCGCCGAACGGGCACUCUACUUCUGGAACAAUGAGUACGCGAUGUCCCUGAUCGAGGAUAACAACGCUGUCAUCAUGCCGAUCAUGUUCCCGGCACUGUACCGAAUCAGCAAGGAGCACUGGAACCAGACGAUCGUUGCCCUUGUCUACAAUGUGCUGAAAACGUUCAUGGAGAUGAACUCGAAGCUGUUCGACGAGCUGACCGCCAGCUACAAGGCGGAGCGACAGAAAGAGAAGAAACGAGAACGGGAACGUGAGGAGUUGUGGAAGCGGCUACACGAGCUCGAGAGCGCACGCCGACCGGACGCGCCUGGUGCCGCGGGUCUGAUAGCCGAUGGACCGGCCGGUUCACUGUCAAGCGGCGGCGGUGUGGCCUCACAGCUUAUCCCUAAUGCACUCUCAUCCGCCACAUCCACAUCAUCGUCCUCGUCGCCGUCGUCCGUUACAUCCGCUAGUAAUCUGGCUGGGACCGGUGGUGCCUCGUCGCAGCCACCGCCACCGGGCUCGACCAUCAUCAGUCAUCAAGCAGGUUCCGUGUCAUCCUCCGCCACGUCCCUUAAUGCCGCCACCAACAACGCCACCGCUGCGCCAUUGAGCAAGUGAUGUACUGAAUAAUAUUACUUUUAAAUUUCCUUCCCCUCCCUGCUGCUGUUGUCGCAGACAGUCCCUGUCCUCCGCCCCCGGCCCGCGAGAGAUCUUUCCACAGAUCAUCAACCCAAAAUGCAGAGCAAAAAAAACACAAAAGGAGGCGGUGAGAAAUUGUAUCGUAAUCAACAUUCACUCACACACACACAUCUACACACCAACACACUCACACACAUAUAUUCACACGUGCAAGAUCAAUACCAAUAUAUUAAUACAUCUAGAACGCAACGCCCUUCCGCUUCUGUCGGCAGUUGGACACUGUCGAAACACACAAACCCGGACACAAAACCGAAGGGAAUGUGUUGUGAACGUGUGUCGUCAUCAACCAAUUCAUCCUUAGCGAAAAAAUAAAAAUCAGAAAUUGUUAUAAUUUAAUACUAAAGGGGAAGCAUAAACAAUAUUCAACUGUACGCUAACCGAGGAUAACAGAAGAAGAAAAAAAUCCUUUUAUAGAAACUAGGUAGAAAGAGAGCGCGCGAGCGAACGAGAAAGAAAAGGAGAACAACAACAAAAAAGUAGAAACAAAACAUGGAAUGGGUAAUAAAAAGUAUAGAAUUUAUGAAAACACGCAAACAUACCUGUUGUUACUAUAUUAUCAAACACAACAAGAAAUGGUAACAAAAGAGAAACAAAGGAAAACAUUUUUAUUACACUCACACCCACACAAACACCCGCGCGAUCUCGCUAACAUAAGUUGAAGGUAAAACAGUCGAGCGAUAACAAACAACAGACUUAGUCCAAACUAAAGGGGAAUAUCUAUCCAUUAGCGCCCAUCCUAUCCCUGUGACACACACACAUUGACCACUCACGUACUCGAAACAAACACAUACAUCAUAGUAACCGAAGUGUCAACAUUUUUAACCACCCCGGGUUGAACAGACAAAAUAAGAACAAGAAAAAAAUCAAUAUAGCGGAAUACAGGAUAUCCAGUUUUGCUGCAAAACAUCAUAAAUAUACGGUAGAUAACAGAAUUUAGGAUGAACGAGAACAACAGUCGUCGUCUGUCAGGAAAAAAAAAACUCACCAGUGCUUCUGAAAACGUGUGCGUGGCUUUAGAGUUGGAUUGUGAUCAUCAUCUUGGUGUGUAUUUGUGCUUUGGAUUUUUGAUUUCGUGAAAAUUGACCAUCUUUAGGCGGGUUAGAAGGGAUCCGGUCGCUUGCUGCAGCUUGGAUCACGAUUGUGGGACAAAGUCUGUUGUGGAAAUAUCUUUUUUCUGUCGAUUCAUUCAGUAGGCGGUGAAACUCUGUUGAGCUUUGGAUGGAAAAUGUGUCGUUGUGCGUUAACUAAUAAUACUAUUUCAUGUUUCUACGCAAGUGGUAGAUAUGUGGAUCUCUAAUAAUUUAUUUACUUUCAGAGAAAAUUAGUUGACAAGUGUGAGAAGAUAUGCCCCACCGGAUGACAUGAUAAAUUCCGUUGAUCAUCGGUCAAAAAUGGACAAAAGGAUUCAGCAUUACAGAUCGGAAUAGAUUCAAUGGAAAAGGAAUGUUGAGGUAUCAAAAUAAAAGAUUUUUUUUUCGGUUGCACAAGAGAAAAUGUGGAAAAAUAUUUUAUUUUGGUUUUGAUAUUUUUUUCUUUGAAUACAUCAGUUAUUGAUCAGUUGGUCAACCCGAGCGGCCCAUUCCACCAUCUAUUCAUUGCGGCAGUAUUUCUUGUGCUCUUCUCUGUCCUCUGCUUAACAUUUCUCGACGGGCCAAAGUUAGUCCAUUUCGAUAAAAUCCAGCCCGUUGUCAAAAUAUCUUCAGAUACAAUUUUUGUAAGAGAUUAUUUUACGUCGUGAACGGUGGUGUCUCGUCCACCUGUUCAAACUGUUAAUAUGACAGGUAGAAGAUUUCGGAAAAAAAUUAAAAAAAAAUGUUUUUCAUUAUUGGGGAAUUAUUGAACGUAAUUUAUUUAUAAUUUCCAUUUUAUCCCGAAUAUCCUUAUUUUCGUUCCCGUUUGAGUGAAGCUUCUCCAUCGUGAAGAAUGUAAUCUGAUAGCUACAUUUUGACUACACCACACAACUCGCACGCAACACAACACAACAUAACGAAAUAAGCAGUAAUGACUAUCUGGUUCAAAUUUUGCAUCUGAACCGGUCGUCAUUCAAACACUUUUCUCAUCUUUAAGCGCGACAAGACAAACUCAGUCAGCUAUAUAUGAAGCGAUCACUACUACUAAUGCGCCGUCUCGCAUAAAAAUGACAUCCAAGUUCCAAGAUCCCGAGAUUGCACAGGUAGCUUGGUAACGCGUCUCCUCUGCUCGUGAAUAUAACAAAGUUUUCCAUUCACAUUUGUUGUAUGCAGAUCGAUCAAAUUGAAACACGUAUAUUCUGAUUCGUAUCAAACACGAAAGAUAGCUUCAUUCAGGACAAUUAUCCCUGUGGUUCCUAUGAUCUGGCUCUAUACAUUUAUGUCACUACUCUGUUGCUGAUAUGGUUUCACACCGUGGGUUAAGUACUACUCUACAACAUUGAACACUAAUUUGAUACGGAGAAGUUAAUUUUCAUUCAUAAUUUCUAUUUGGAAAAUGUUCAUUCUGCCUGAAAAUUCAUUAUUAUUUUUGACGCUUCGCUUACUCGUAAAACGAAGUUCAAUGACGUGCCGUUCAUUUCGUUUUCGCCGUUAAGUGUAUACGGCCAUAAGGCUCCUUCUGUCAGAAGGGUUGGUGUUUUUUGGUCACUAAACUGAUAUGAUAAUCGAGCAUGAAUGUAGAAUAGCUCAAUUUGUGUAAGUCCUAGGACGGUUGGUGCGUACAUUGUGAGAACUGCAACCGAGUGUUAACGAUUCUAAGUGUAUACUAGCAAAAAAAAAAAUCGAGACACAACCGCUUAGGACGUAGAACUACGCAAUCUUUUUUUCGAAAUUUGUUGGUUUAUCAUUUCGGAUAUUAUUCGCGAAUAGGUCUAAAUUUCAUAAAUAACGCUUUAGUAAAAAGUUCCGGGGACCCUGAAAGGGUUUAAUAGCUUGCGUGGUUUUGUAGAAUCAUUUCCAGAAGCAACGAUUCUUUCUUGCAUUUGCAAGAACAAUACACUAAUAGGUCAUAUGUCGCAAUUUGUUUUUUUAUAUCAAUGCACGCACUGCACUGAGUAUUUAAUGAGAGGCAUCUUCCGUGUAUCGCCAUUCAACGAGCAUCAAACACGCGUCUAACAGAUGCACACAGUUGCAGCGUUAAAAAUGAAACAUCUCGAGAAUGACCGUUUAUGAAAAAUCGGUUCUCGACUCUCGGUCAAAACCGCCAACAAAGCUAGGAGCUUGUUGCACCAGAACAGAGCCGAUGCGCACGAGAGCGAAUACGAAUGGCAACUUAAAGUAUCGAAGGUGUGCUAUUCACAUGUACAGGAAAUGAACAAGUUCCAAGUUUCGCGCAACGAAAACAAGAAACACACACAAAGCCAAACACUGAUGGUUAGAAGCGACCUAUUAUCAUUAGCACUCUUCUCUUUAUUCGCCUGCUUUGCCAUGACUCGGAUGAUUGUGUUAAUUGCAAUGCCGGAGGCACUUCAUGUGAAAUAUUCGCUAGCGUUCACAGCUCGAGGGGAAACAUGAAACACAAAACGAGCAGAAAUCGAUCUGUGCUGUUUCGGGCACAGGAAAAAUUCUGAAAAUUUUACUCAGAGGAGAUACAAUACUUAUACGCUAGCGACAGCUUACUUACUAUGCAAGGGUGGAGUUUACUGCGCAAAUAUUCUCUUUUCACUAUCCCCCUUCGAUGUUUCUAUUCUAGCGGCUGCAGAAGUUGCUCGUUAUUGACAGCUCUGUUCGGGAAAGCACACAAAUGGACAGAACAAAUGUAUGGGGAAAUGGGAAUGCUUUCAGUUUUCACCAAUUUAAACCAUAUACAGACAAAUCUUAGAAAAUUCUUCCUUCAUUUCAUAAAAACGUGACCUGUUUUCUGAUUUGGGACUCUUACUGUAAGACGUAGUCCUACGUCAAGAUCAGCAUAACAGCAUUCCUUCCUUCCUUGUUUGGUUUAUAGAGACUUUAAAUUUUUGCAGUCCAUUCGUCUCUAGCCCUGAGAAGGGCCCUUGUGAAAAGAAAACUACUCCAUUACUCCUCCUUCACCUGUCUUAAGAAGGACAAUCCAUUCCCGACUGACGCUCGCCGGCAACGAUGUCCAACGAAUGACCACCGAACGAGAAGUGACAACAGCUUUUUCUUUCUUCAUCUCCGGAUUUAGUUUGUUUCAGAAUGAGCGAAUUUUUCAUGUACAAAGUUCUAGUGAAAUAUUUUCGUUCAAUUAAUUGACAUUGAAUAAUGAAGUCAUGCGAAUCUGCCAAACUAACGUCCUCCAGUGACAGCUUUCUAUUCAAAAACAACAUUUACAACAAAAACAAGAUGUACGAGAUUGGUGAAACAAAUUCAUAUGAGUUCAAGUACAUCUGGAACUCGAUACAAUUCAAUAUUGGAAAAAGCUGUAGAGUAUAAAUAGAAAUUCGAAAAAUUAUUCAUCAUCCUGUAGCAAUGGCCAACCAGCAUAAAUAUUGAUCACAUCGUUCCAUUAAUGUGAAGCUGAGCAAAAAUAGUUAUAUCGUGUUGUAUCAAUUUAGAUUGUCUUGUUUCGAUUUUCUGAUGUUGGCAAAGGCUACUAUGAAAGCAACGCGAAUUCGUAUUUUUCCGCAGCAAAACCUUUCGAAGUUCUAUCUUUUAUCGCUUCUUCGCAAGGGACCCCGCGCUUCGUUCAGAAUGGUAGACAAAACCAAGAAAUUCGCGCAAAUUUUUCUUCAUUGUGAAUGGUUGAAAAACAAGCUUUGUCCUGGUUCAUUUCCUAUAAACAUUGUUUCGAUGGAGUGCGCUUUCGAGACUGUAACACGCGUCAAGCAGAUUAUUCGUUUUUCUUUCGGGAAUAUUUGCUUCGGCAUAUGUUCAGCUAGCAACCAACCGCAGAACAAUUCGUCACCAUUCCCAUCCGCAACCUAUCACAAAAUUCACAUCUCACUAGAUAAUAAGUAAGGACAAACAAUUCAAAACGAUACACCGAUCGAGCGAUAGAGACAAAGAAAAGAAGAAUCUGUUCUCAUUCUAAGGAAACAUACAGAAAACCGAGAACUAGCCACUAGUAACAUAACAAAUGAAACAGGAAACAUGGAGGAAGAGGUGACAAACAGACAAAACAAACCUAUUGCCGGAAAGUAAUUAUAACUAAUCUAAACUAAUUGAAGUGAACAAAAAAAUAGCGUUAAAAAGCAAGAGGGUUAGAAACAAAAAAACGAUCGCAUGCUGAAUACAUCCAUGAAACCACACAUCCACAAACAAACAUAUACACACACGAGUUAGGCGAGUGGUACCGAAAGCUACGAAAUACAUUCGUAUACAAGCGGAACACACACACACACACACACACCCAAAAAGAAUACCCCGCUAAUUAAAAGCGCGGAAAACAAAUUAAAAAUCAGAGGUGAAAGAAGGUAACACAAAAAAAAAGAAAACACAGAAAAUGUAUUUGUUGUAGUUAUAUUAAAAUUACGAUUAUUAUUAUUAUUGCUAUACAAGAUAAAGAAGAAAUAAAUUAGUAGGUAGCACGAGAGAGAGACACAGAGAGAAAAAGAAAGGUGAGUAGGGGACACACAAGUGAUAGAACCGUAAAUACAACAUUGGCGUUUGCAUGUAUUCGCAUUCGUGUUGUGUUUGCUACCCGAAAUAAAUACAAUUCAGCAAACAAACAAACAAAAAACGUGUUCGCAAUGUUUGAUAUAUUUUUUCUACACAUACACAUACACACAUAUUCACACCACUCAUAGGCUCACCUUGUUUGGAGUUCAUAGUAGAGUUCCACAGAUUUUCUCAUUUCACUAUCCUGUUUGCCGCAAACACAAUCCCACGUCCCUGUUUAACAAAAAAAAAAAGAAAAAUGGGAAGAGCGAGAGAAAGAAAGAAGCAAAGAAAAAGGGCAAAAGAAAACUGUUAUCCUUCCUUUUACGCGCGCGCGCCUGCUUUGUUCUAUAAAUGAAUAUAUAUUUAGACUUGUACAUGUAUCAAAUUAGCGUGUGAGCGAGCGAGCGAGAGCGAGGUUUGACACAAUCAAUUGUUGCGAUUGUGUGUGCGUGAGAGCCGAGCGCGUGUCCACUGCACUGCGCGUUGGGUUUGCGCGAGUGUGGCGUUUUUUUUCUAGUGUUAGGUGAACUAAAGGAAGAACCUCUAGAGGAGAAUAAAACAAACAAAAAAAAAAAGGAAACAAAA